ACUUGUUGUUAUACAAUGAUAACAUAUCGCUGUAUAUAUUUAUAUAUAUAUAAAUACAUAUCAUUACUUUCUGUAUUUACAUUCACUAAUUUCUACAUUACGCCUACCCUAAUGACACAUUGUGCCUUUUUUAAAAUUUACAACAAUUUUAUAUUUUCAGAAAUCACUGAGAAUUUUUCACAGACCUGGAUCGGUUAUGCAGAAUUUUGAUGAUCUUGAUAUAGAAGGAUGUAAUCCUUCCCACCUAACGGAAGCAGGCAAGGAGAAGAAAGAAUAUGAUCGAAAACGUUUAAUGAGAAGCAGUGUCACUGCUGAAGGUGGCACGCUUAGGCCUGUGUAUUCUGAAACAGAAGGUGGUGAUAUAUGGUGUCAUAUAUGUAACAUAGCCCUGUUCGGAGCUCACAAGUUACUGAAUCAUAAUAUGUGUAAUCGUCAUAAAAUGAAAUUAGAUGAAUGGCCAUAUCCAGUUUUGUUAUGGUCCAAACGAUCAGAUAUUGUGAAAACAGCACCACCGACACAGUUGGCAGCUAUUGGCGAUGGUUUGGCACCUGGAGAACCAGUACCACCUGGUAUGGAAGACCAAGUAACUAGAACAACAACGAUUGAGAUGAGUUUAGAUCGCCAUAGAAGUUCUCCUCUUGUGGGCCUUGAAUACCUACUUGAACUGGUUGAUAGGGAUUCUUGCGAACCCAGUUAUACAUGUGUUUUAUGUGAUAAAAGGGGUGACCCUCGUACUGUUAUGGCUCAUAUUACCAGCUAUAAUCAUAGAAUAACGUAUCUAAAUCGACAUUUUCCUACAAUUUCGCGUGCUAUUACGGAACUCCCGCAUACUCCUAAUUAUAAACGCGGAGCUAAUGAAAUAUCGGUGUUAGUGGCUAAGAAGAUUGAAGAACGAUUUGGAAGAUUGCAACCGCAAUUGGUAGAUAAGAAUCAAUUUGAAAAAAAUAAAAUGCAGUACAUCAAGAGAGUCUAUCAGGAUUAUCACUUUAGGGAAACACCAGAAUUAACAUUUAUGGAUGUUUACGAUGUGCGAUGGGUAACAAACUUUGAAGAAAAGAUGGCUGAAGUAGCUGGUAAGAGUGGUAUAAAAAAAGAUUCUCAAUCUGGUGAUGAGAAGUCGGAUGAUAAACACAAAAGUGAAGACAAGAAGCAUGAAAAGUCUCCACCAAAGAAAACUGAUUCACAACCAGAUACCACAGAAUCGGGAUUCAAGAUUCGCAUUUUCACAAGAGAUAAAUUAAAUAUUCGCAAGCCUUUAGAUAAGGAAGAAGAAAAUGUGAGAAAGUCUCCAAAACGGCCCUCUGAUGAAACGAAGUCUCUUUCGUCCCUUUCAAGUAUAUCAAGUAGCCCAUCACCAUCACGUUCAAGAUCGCGAUCUCCCGUUCGUAACCGAAAAGCUAAUUCAAUAGACAAAAGCGGAAGGUAUCGUACUAAAUCGCGUUAUUCGCGAGAUCGAAUUCGUUCUGGUACACGUUCGCGAUCUCGUUCGCGUUCACCAGAACCACUCAGAGAACGCGAUAAGUGGGAUAAAUAUCGUGAACAAAUUAGACGUGCUGAAGAGACACUUGAUCGUGCAUUAAAAUUUCACGAGAAGAACCCAGAAAAGCAUCCAUCUUACCCCGAUGAAUGGAAAAAGUUCUGGAACCGACGGUACAAAGAGUUGCAAGCAGAGGGAAAAGAUCCUAGUAAGCAUGACUUCAAACCAGAAUGGAUAGAAUUUUGGAACAAACGAAUGCGCGAGAUCCAUAACGAACAGCUGCAACAAAGGAAAGAAGAAAUUAAGAAGCGAUUGGAGUUGCCAGAAGACAAGCCACCAGAAAAAUGGAUACCAUCGAACAGACGUGACAGAUCUCCACCAAAGAGAAAUCGUCAUCGUAUAGAGAGCGAUGAUGAAGUAGAAUAUGUCGGUACAAAAACAAUUAAAACGGACUAUUACGAUCAUCAUGAUAUGAGAGAACGCGAUUACGCAUAUUUGUCGUAUAUGCGAGGAAGAGGAAAUAUGUACAGAAGUAAUUACUACUCUCGUGGUGUUACACGUUCAAGAUCAAUACACUACGCAACUCCUUACCCAGUGAAAGGGAAGUCUCCAAGUCCUAUACCGGAUGUCAUAGUAACUGAAGAUUUAGAAGUAGUCGGCUUAUUGAGAUUACUUACAGCACUAGAAGGUCAAUUGGGUUCUCUUGGACCGAAGAUAGUAUCUCUUCUUUCAAAAGCAUUAGCCGCAGAAAAAGCAAAACCGAACUCUGCCGAAGAAUUACUCUACGACGAAGAAGUGAGCGUGCUUUUCGAAACUGUUAAAGAAAAACUUAAAGGUCAAUUGUUUGCCGGAAUGAUAGAGAAAAUGGCUAUAACACCAACGAAAACGGCAAUCCAAAAUAUCGCACAGUUGUUACAUAAAGCGGCAGAGAAUAAAAAGAAAAUGGAAGAGGAGAAGAAGGAAAAGAAAGAAAUGGGGACUGCAAAAUCGACAAAUUAUAUCCAAAGAACUGUAUAUCCUAGGUCGGUGGAGGUAAUUACACCUACGAUUAAAUCCGAACCAGUUAGUGUACCUGGUGUUGGUACUAUAGAUAAAGUAGCCAUAGCUCGACAAAUAGCAGCUGCUCUGGUAGCUCAAGGUAAAUCAAAUGUAUCGCAAGAAGAACUGGAAACUCUAACUAAUGCUGUUGUUGGAAUGGCUGAAGCGUCCAAAAAUUCCGAUAAACCAGUAACAACGGCUGACUUCGUAAAAGGAUUGGCUAAAAGCAAUACUUCUGUUUCUCAAACUACAUCUGUUUCUGCGACGUUAACAACAGCAGGUACGGUUGAUCAUCAAACUUUUAAAAUGGAAAGUUUGUCAGACGCGGAUUUGAAAUCUCUUUUACAAAAUUUUAAAGACUUAUCCACUCAAGAACAACAUGGACUGAUUAAUUUCUUAAAGAAGUUAGAAGCAACAGAUCCUGUUCGAGUAGAAAAAUUAAGAGGGUUUGUUAAUUUAGGUACUACGUCCAUGUCAUCGAUGCCAAAAAUAAAAUCUCCAACACCAGAGAAUACGGAAACCAGUAUUAAAUUGGGCAGAAGUAUUUCGCCAUUUUCUGUGCUGAAGGGAAAUCAAAAUCCUGUUGAAGAGGAAGAUAAGUGGAAGCCUAAAAUAGACAUGUUUGCAAAUGAUGACGAGGAAGAACAAACUAAGAAUGACAACGAAGACAAGCAAAAGGCGAAAUUGGAUUUAUCAGAUGACGACGAUGAUUAUACAUUUGAAGAUAUUUAUAAAGCAGCAGAUAAGAAUGUUAGCGAAAAUGAGAAGGUGAAGAAAAAGUCACGAGAAUUUUCAAAAUCUGUGUCAAAUUCACCAAGAUCCUGGACACGAUCUCGAUCGCGUUCAAGAUCACGGUCUCCAGUAAGGCCAAAGGAAUUAACAAAAACAAACGAUCCAAAUGCAAUACUAAACGAGACUAAACGAUUAAUCGCUCAUAUAAUGGGAGAUCUUCCAAAUAAGUAUGUGCCAAAGACGCACUUGCCGCUUGCGAAUGGAAAUGUUGAACAAGACGCAUCGAAGCCGUUAGAUCAAAUUCUUAACACGACAAUGGCCCCGCUAUUAAACUUUUACAAUCAAGGAUACGUUCGGAAUACUCAACAAUCGUAUCUCCGUCCACAAGCACCUCCCCUCAGUUAUCCUAACAUACCCAAUCAACAAUUUCAAAGUUAUCCUCAUCAGCAAGUUUACGGCAGUAAUCAGAAUUAUGUGGACAAUGGUUACAAUUAUCAAGGAUAUGGUGGUGUAAGCAAUCAGGGUCAAUACAGUGUAUCACCCAUAGCGUCAAAUCAAUAUCCAAAUCAACACUAGGCAAAAUUUGCUUAAAUGAGACAAGUGACUAUUAAUGUAUAAAAUUAUUGGACGUUUUAUUCUUUUCUCAGUGAACUAAGAUUCAAAAACAUUUGUAAUGAAUUCAUAAAAAUUUUUAGCAUGCAUGCAGCCACUGUCUGAAAAUCCAAAUGCAAAUUUGGAGAGAGUUAUUUCUGCAGCAUUAUUUGACAAAGAUUUUUCAUUAAAGAGAACAACGGUUGGGGCAAGAUCACCAGUAGCAUUACUUGUAACCAAAAUAGUGAUGUUUUCUUUCUCAUUAUUAUUAAUAAUGUUAUAAACAUUUUUGCAUUCUUUCGGUGCAUUCAAAAUAGGAGGUUUAGGACUUAAAGCCAGACCUGUCUCAUCACUAUUGAA